CCCGCCCUCCGCCUGCAUGGAGAGAGCCACAGAAUGGCGGAGCGAGAGAAAGGAGCCGCAUCCCCGCCCGCCUCCUCCCCCUUCCUGGGGCUGCACCUCGCCUCGCCCCCCAAUUUCAGGCUCAUCCAUGACAUCAGCCUUGAGGAGUUUGAGGAUGAAGACCUCUCUGAGAUCACUGAUGAGUGUGGAAUCAGCCUGCACUGCAAGGAGAGCCUGGCCACCCGGGGCCAUGUGAGCCGGGCGGGCGGCGGGGCCCGGGCUGCGGGCGGCGGCGAGGCCAGCCGGCUGCAAGCCGAGAUGCUCCAGCUCGACCUCAUCGACGCGGCGGGGGACGCGCCGGCCGAGGAGCAGACGGCGCCCGAGCCGCUGCCGAAGGACCCCCUGGCCGGGACCACCGAUGUCUACAGGCCGAAGCGACCCACAACUCUCAACCUCUUCCCGCAGGUGCCUCGCAGCCAGGACACUCUGAAUAACAACUCUCUGGGGAAAAAGCACAGUUGGCAGGAGCGGGUGUCCCGGUCAUCGUCCCCUCUGAAAACGGGUGAGCAGACCCCUCCCCAUGACCAUGUUUGCCUGAGUGAUGAGGUCAAUCACCAAAACAGCACAACCUCCACCAAAGACCGGGGUACAUCCACAGAGAGCCCAUGCCGGCGCACAGCAGCCACCCAGAUGGCACCAGCCUGCGUUGCCUCGUCCCGGCUGCCCGAGAAGCACCAGGCCACCAGCAGGGCCCCACCACAUGGUGCCAGCGUGGUGGUGGUGACGAGGGGCCCCGAGGCCCACCGGGACCGCAUCCGCUACCAGACAGACGUGAGGCUGGAGGCCACAGAGGAGAUCUACCUGACGCCUGUGCAGAAGAACUCGGACCCCCUGGACACUGACAAGCCGUUCCUAUCUCAGUCCAGUGAGAACCGCAUGUCCAUCAGCUCUGACAUUGACACCUCCAGCUAUUCAGCCCUGGCAGGGAAAACUAACCCCUCCAUCAGCGAGGAGGACGAGGUGCUGGACUACAUGUCCUCCCCUGACAAGACAAACCUGCCCAGGGCCUCCUGUGGUGGUGGGAGUGGUGGCUCCCGGCCAGGGCACAACCUUCAGAGAGCUUCAGUGAGUUCAGACACCAGUGCCCUCUCCUACGACUCUGUCAAAUACACGCUGGUAGUGGAUGAGAAUGUGCAGCUGGAGCUGGUCAGCCUCAAGCAGUGCUACUCGGGCUACAGUGAUGAGAGUGACUCGGCCACAGUCUAUGACAACUGCAUCUCCUCACCCUAUGAGUCAGCCAUUGGCGAGGAAUACGAGGAGGAUGCACUAAAGCGCGACUCAGUCUGCCUCUCUGAGGACUCCACCCCUGAGGCGGACAUCCACUUCUCCAAGAAGUUCCUCAAUGUCUUCAUGAGUGGACGGGCACGCUCCUCCAGUGCCGAGUCCUUCGGGUUGUUCUCCUGCAUGAUCAAUGGGGAGGAGCAGGAGCAGACUCACCGCGCCGUCUUUAGGUUUGUGCCUCGCCAUGCGGAUGAGCUGGAGCUGGAGGUGGAUGAUCCCUUGCUGGUGGAGGUGCAGGCGGAAGAUUACUGGUAUGAGGCCUACAACAUGCGCACAGGUGAUCGGGGUAUUUUUCCUGCCUACUACGCUAUUGAAGUCACCAAGGACCCAGACCAUGUAACAGCUCUGGCCAAGAGCAGUGACUGGGUGGACCAGUUUCGGGUGAAGUUCCUUGGCUCGGUGCAGGUUCCCUAUCACAAGGGCAAUGACGUGCUCUGCGCGGCCAUGCAGAAGAUUGCCACCACACGCCGCCUCACUGUGCACUUUAACCCACCCUCCAGCUGUGUCCUGGAGAUCAGUGUGCGUGGGGUCAAGAUUGCUGUGAAAGCUGAUGACUCCAAGGAACACGGCAAGGUAAACAAGUGUAGCCAUUUUUUCCAGCUGAAGAACAUUUCCUUUUGUGGGUACCAUCCAAAGAACAACAAAUAUUUUGGGUUCAUCACCAAGCACCCUGCUGACCACAGAUUUGCCUGUCAUGUCUUCGUCUCGGAGGAGUCCACGAAGCCACUGGCAGAAUCUGUAGGGAGGGCUUUUCAGCAAUUCUACAAGGAGUAUGUGGAGUACACGUGCCCCACGGAGGACAUCUACCUGGAGUAGGGGCUGGCACAGGCACCUCCUGCACAGCCAGGGCUGCAGUCUGGCCCCUUCCCCGGGUCGUGCAUGGACAAGAGCUGCUUUGAGCCUGAAGGAGGAGCGGGCCCGGGCAGGGCUCCCCGGGGCAUGGAGCACCGCCUCUUUUUGUGACUCCCCUUCCUCGGGCUGGGGGGAUGGGAGGGGGGAGGGCUGGAGAAAUUGUGUUUAUUGUACAAAAUACUCUUAGUUUAUUCUAUUGG